AUGCAGACCCUCAUGAUUCUGACAUGUUGUUCUUCACCUCUAGGUCCACCUGGACCUCCGGGACCUAUCAAGGUCAAGGACAUCACCAAGGACUCUUGCAUCAUCCAGUGGUCCGCUCCCGACGACGACGGAGGCGCAGACGUCUUCAACUACAUCGUGGAGAAGAAGGAGGCCGGCCGUGUUGGCUGGGCCACCGUGACCUUCAAGCAGCAGAAGAACACCUACCGCAUCACCAACCUGGUGGAGACAUGCACCUAUUACUUCCGGGUCAUAGGUGAGAACAAGUAUGGCAUCGGCGAGGCUGUGGAGACAGAGGAGCCCAUCUGUGCUCUGGACCCAGUUGAGCCGCCAGAGAAGCCCAAGAACCUGACUGUGGAGGAGGUUACCCCGGCAACCGUCUCCCUGGCCUGGAAGAGACCAGACUGGGAUGGAGGCAGCCGCAUCAGUGGAUACCUGGUGGAAUACCUGGCUCCCGGUGAGGAGGAAUGGACCAAGGCGGCGACCGCCCGGAACGUGAACUACACCGUGUUCAGACUGGACCGCGACCAGACUUACCGCUUCCGGGUCACGACCCUGACGGAGCUGUCGCAGAGCGUGCCCGCCGAGCUGCCUGAACCAAUCACAUGCAAGGAGGAGCAACGUGAGCUCCAAGUUCGUGCACGUUCAGUGGAAGAAGCCGAUCUACGACGGCGGGGCCCGCAUCACGGGCUACGUGAUCGAGGCACGCGACGUGUGCUCGGACAAGUGGGUCAAGUGUCACCUGGGCGAAGUGCUGAAGCUGGAGCACGUCAUCACCGACAUCAAGGCUCUGCAGAAGUACCAGUUCAGGGUCAAGGCCAAGAACAAGGCAGGAAACAUCAGCGAGGGCCGGCCCCGUGCUGACCAAGGACGACCUCCAGCCUCCCACCAUCACCCUGGAUGCCAAGAUCAAGGACAACAAGGUCCAAGUUCACGCCGGCGACAAGCUGGUCAUCUCCGGCUUCGCUGGCGGCAAACCUGUGCCGACCAUGAUCUUCACCAAGGGCCGACUGGUUCUACGCAGCCAAGGCCGUGUGUCGAUUGACCAGAAGGGCAAGGCGUUUGCCCUGUGUGUGGGCGACUCGUCCCGUGCUGACGCCGGGGAGUACACCAUCACAGCUGAGAACAACAGCGGCUCUGUCACUGUCACUGUCAAGGUGCUGGUGAUGGGCAAGCCUGGCCCCCCCAUGGGUCUGCAGAUACAGGACACGACCCCCGAGACUUGAACCGUCUCCUGGCAACCACCGGAGGACGGCGGAGGAGCGGGCGUCACCAAUUACGUC